AUGCAGCCUGUAGGGGCGGCAUCAGCAGCAGGAGCUGCUAAUGAGGAUAUAAAUAAGCAUCAGGAGCAUCAGCAGCAACAGCAGCAGCAGCAGCAGCAGCAGCAGCAAGAAGAGGAGGAGAAUAGUGCCGAAUGUGGCGAGGCAUUACGUCGUUAUUUAGAGGCAAAAGUUGAACAAUUAGAGAGAACAAUUGCAGAAAAAACACAAAAUAAACAAAGAUUAGAGGCACAAAGAAAUGAAUUCAAUGCUAAAG